AUGGCAGGCAAGAAACUUCCACCUCGCCGGCAUGGACGCCCAUCAAGAGCAGCCACUUCGAGGAGCGACCCGGACCAUGAACCAGCCAGCAUCUCGUCAACUCCUGCUGAUCUGCUCAAGGACCUGAACAGUGCUGUUGACAAGCGCAACAAGGAUAAAUGGCAGAAACUCCGUAUGCAGCAUAGAGCUCGAGUCAAGAAGACUGAGGAAGGGAUUCAGUCAAUGGCUCAUUCCAAUAAAUUGGCCCUCAUGAAACGCCGCAAAGCUCAGAUCAAACAGCUGGCAGAACUUGUCAAGAAGAGGAUAGAGCUCGAGGCAGAGAUCGUGGCCGAUAUGCAGACACUCAGCGAUUUGUAUGAAGCUGCUAGUGGCGAAUUACAAACUAUUUUGACGAGCCGGCUAUCCCGCCUCAAAUGA